ACCACUUUGCGAGGGCACAUUGCAUGAGGUGUAAGUGGCAUUCCAGGAAAUAACGUUGUGUCCUAUUCCACUCCCCCCCCUCCCCACCGCUUUCCUCCAGCCAUGGGAGAGGCUUUGCAGGAGCGCAGAGGAGCUGCCCUGCUGCCCGGGAGCUGCUAUGGCCUCCAGAGGAUUGCCAGCAGCCAUGCCGAGCUGACCGGGUGCAAGAUGACCCUCACGACCACACCAGCAGCCAGCAUCGCCCAGGCUUUCUUUUGCCUCCUGCUGUGCGUCCCCUGGGGCAGCUCCUGCCCCCCAAGCUGCCAGUGCACAGAGCGGGCAGGGGCAAAGGCCGUCCUCUGCAGCUCCCGGCACUUGGAGGAGAUCCCCAAGGACAUCCCCAGAGACGCAGUGUUCCUCAAGCUGGACGCUAACAGCAUCACCAGGAUCCCCAGCAAUGCCUUCAGGCACCUCUCCCACCUGGAGGAACUUGAUCUCUCCAGGAACGCCAUCGAGAAGAUCGACAGGGCGGCUUUCAAGGGGGUGGCUGCUGGGCUGCGUACCCUCGACCUCUCCAGCAACCGCAUCCGCAGCAUCCCCAAGGAGGCCCUGCUGGCGCUCAACGCCAAGCUCCGGCUGGCCAACAACCCCUGGCACUGCGAGUGUGCCUUGCAGGAGGUGCUGUGGGAGGCGCGGCUGGACCCCGACUCUGUCCAGGACAUCACCUGCCACACGGCCCCGCGCCAGGAGUACGUGGGCAAGCCGCUGCUCCAGGUCCUGGAUGCCGGCGUCAACUUCUGCAGCGUGCGUCAGAGGACCACGGAUGUGGCCAUGUUCAUCACCAUGUUCGGCUGGUUUGCCAUGGUCAUCGUCUACGUGAUCUGCUAUGUCCGGCACAAUCGAGAGGACACCUGCAAGCACGUGGAUUACCUGAAGUCACUGCCGAGCACCCAGGGCCAUGCAGAAACCACCAGCACUGCCCUGUAGUGCAGGAUUGGGAAGCCAUGUUCCCAGCUUCUUUGCAGCCUGAUGGGCUUCAAAGCUUCUCUGUGGUAUUUUCCAGUGCUUACUCCAGUCCUGCAAAGAAGUGCCAGUGACUUUGCCCCCUCCCCAGAGAUGCUGGACUGAGUGUGCGCAAAUGACAUGGGGGAGGGGUGCCGGGGACACCCCACGCACGUUUGUCUAUGGAUCCCCGGUUCCCCAGGAGGAGCCCCCACCACGCAGACCCCUUUUCGCCUGACAGAGCUGGGCUCACAGGGACAGCCGCCCCAGCCACAUGCUUAGGGUCCAUAGAGUUUGGAGAGAACAAGCCCCUGGGGAGAUACAGAUGAGGGUGGGGGCUUUUGUAGGGCCAAGAGGUCCCCAGAGCCUGAGGAUGGGUUGCUCUGUGCAGUGGGGUCACCCCGUCCUGGCUCUAGUGAGGGACCCACCUUGCCGAGAGCAGAACAUCUGCCCCAGCCCAUGCACAGCAUCCCGGCAGCCUCUGCCUGCCACCAGCAACCAGGGGGUGAUUGACCAAACCCUUGAUUUCUCAAUAAAGCCU